AUGAGCGACGCGGUUGACAGGACUCGCAAGGCAAUUCGUGCUCAGCUGCUGAGGAACCACCCUUUCAGCAGGCCUGCUACUGCCCAAUCGAUCAGGGCGCAGCCAGGAAGUGAUGAGGACGAGCCACCGCUUCACAGUGCUCUCGCACGCCUUGCCACACCAGACAAGGUAACCGUCGAGGUCGGACCUGAGCGGUUGAAGUACCAUGUGUCCGAGACUUUCCUCAGUCACCACUCUGAAUACUUCCAGCGAGCCCUUUUUGGAGCCUGGAAGGAAGCCUCCGAACGUACUGUGGUACUUAGCAGCGACGUUGAGCCCUGUAUCUUCAACCUUUUCGUGGAAUGGCUGUACACGCAGACACUGCCUACUCUUUCUCCGGAUUGGCGCCGCAUCGCUGAUCCCUUACACCCUUACAGCGUCUCGGCCAAGAUGCUCCGCUUGAAGUUGUACGUCUUUGCCGACCGCUUCAUGGUACCGCUAUUGCGUCAGCAGCUCAACCGCGCCAUCGUCAACGAUUAUGACUCCGACUGUCCAGCCCUCGAGGAAUACGAGACAGUUACUUAUGCCUUCCACAAUUUACCGCCAACCGACCCGAUACUGGAUCUCAUCGUAGACCGCUACUUUAUGGUCUGGAGGCUCGAUCUCGACGAAGGCGAGGAUGAGGAGGCCUACGAGACUCUGCCGCACGAAUUUCUAUUGCGAUUCUACAAGAGGGUUGGGAAGUGGCGCAAGGACGACCUCCAGAACCGUCACCAGCUUUUCAACAUGGACUUCUGCAGCUACCACGAGCACCGAACUGAGGAAGAGAAGCUACAGUGCCCUCACAAGACUCAGAAGAUGAAGGCUGGCCAAGUCUGGCUUACGCGGGAGCCACGAGGCGAGCAAGCCAACUUCGAAACGAAUACUCCGUAA